CGGAAUGAAAACCGGGGCCGGAGGGAAAGGAGGAGGGGCGGGCGUGUAGCUCUGCCCCUUUGUUUGCCCCGCUGCAGCUCCGUGUCUGGAAAUCCCCUCGGCCAGUCUUCUUGGCUCUUCGAGGAAGUUUGGAAAUAUGCACCCUGUUCCCCCCCCACAGAAUUUCAGAUGUGUAUUUUUACGCACCCCUGAGCGUCACACGGAUUUGUGCUACGCCACCGCAGAUGCAGACACGUUUUUUGUAUCUCAUGGAAUCCCAGAGCUGGAGGGAUCCCUAGAGGUCAUGCAGUCCAGCCUUCUGCUCAGUGCAUGAAUCUGUCUCUCGUUCGCUCGCUGUGAAUGUGGAGAGCGCUUUACAUCGUGCAAACCUUGCUUUCUGCACACCAUCCUGCGUCCCAUCUGGGGACUUGCUCCCUCGCAUUGCCUCUUUUCCACUCGCUGCUUAAUUCCCAAAAAAGAAGGAAAGGGUUGGGCUGAGGGAGGGGCGCUUACUUAAGCCUCUGUUCCCCCCCUUCCAUCCAUCCCCGAUCUGUGGGAGCAGCCAAUCUUGACUUGCGAACGAUGAAAGACUCGAGCUCUGCACCUGUUCAGAGGCACUAUCGCCAUCCUGAUUCUUCCACGUGCCUGAGUGUGUUCACUUGGUAAUUAUUAUUUUAUUUUUUAUUUUAUUUUUUAAAAAACAAAAAUGAGUCUUGGCAGUGGAAACGGCUUCUGGGGCUGAGGCCGGGAUGGAUCAAAUGUCAAGCCACGUCUUCCGCGUUGCAAAGCUUGCUCGUCAGGGUCCACCUGCAACUUGAGCGCUGGGGAAGCGGCUUGGGAUGCUGAAGCUCCCGGCAGCCCCCUGCCGCGACCGAGGUGCACCAACGGCUACCUUAGCAGCUGCCACUCCCCACCCCCCGGCCCAUUCACAGGCGGACUUGGAACCUCUCCGGGAUUAAAUUUUAACACGUCGACGGGGCGCCUCCUGGCGGCCACUAGCGGCGCUUCAGGGGGCUGUCACUUUCGUUGUCGGCUGGUUCCCGCGGCAGAAGCAGCCGCGCUCUCUCCGGAUCAGGACCGCCAUGGACGGCCGGGGGUCGCAGAAGAUCAGCACCGGGACAACCAUUAUGGCUGUGGAGUUUGACGGAGGGGUUGUGGUGGGAUCUGACUCCAGAGUGUCUGCAGGGCAGUCUGUGGUAAACUGCGUCUUCAACAAACUGGCGCGCCUGCAUGACCGGAUUUACUGUGCGCUCUCUGGGUCGGCGGCUGAUGCCCAGGCCAUUGCCGAUACGGUGCACUACCAGCUGGAGCUGCACAGCUUGAACAUGGAGGAGCCUCCGCUGGUCCUGGCUGCAGCCACCGUGGUGAAAAACAUCAGCUACAAGUACAAGGAGGAGCUCUCAGCUCACCUCAUGGUGGCAGGAUGGGACCCCAAGAGAGGGGGGCAGGUGUACGGGACUCUGGGGGGGAUGCUCACCCGGCAGCCCUUUGCCACUGGAGGAUCCGGGAGCACCUACAUUUAUGGUUAUGUCGACUCCGCCUACAAAUGUGGAAUGAGCCGGGAGGAAUGUCGCCAGUUCACAAAAAAUGCAAUUGCCCUCGCCAUGGUCCGGGAUGGUUCCAGCGGAGGAGUCAUUUACCUGGUCACCAUCACCAAAGACGGCGUCAAGGAGGAAGUUGUUGUGGGAGAUGAGAUCCCCAAGUUCUACGAUGAAUGAAUUUGCUCCCCUUCCCCUCUUUUUUAACUUAUCCAAUAAACGUUGCUAGGAAAGAA